AUGUAUAGCGGAUUUCUCCCAUCUGAUGUCCAUAUUGAUUCUCCUCCAGAAGAUGAAGUCGUCAAGUACCUCUUCUGGACCUUCACCGACUCCGCCUAUAACACCAUCUUCAAACUCCUCUUCCUCUCCUCCUCCGCAUACACAAUAUACCUCAUGGUAAACGACUAUAAACCCACCCACGACCCAAACAUCGAUACCUUCAAGGUGCAAUACCUGCUCGGCGCAUCGGCCGUUCUGGGAAUACUCUUCCCACCCAGAUAUGAGUUCUCAGAGAUCCUCUGGGCCUUCUCCAUCUGGCUUGAAUCCGUCGCCAUCCUCCCGCAACUCUUUAUGCUCCAGCGCACCGGCGAGGCGGACACGAUAACGACUCACUACCUCUUCGCGCUGGGGAUUUAUCGCACGCUAUACAUACCGAACUGGAUCUAUCGGUAUUUCGCAAAUGGGUUCUUCGAUCCUAUCUCUGUGAUUGCAGGUAUUAUUCAGACGAUAUUGUAUUCGGAUUUCUUUUGGAUAUAUUAUACCAAGGUUCUAAAGGGCAAGAAGUUCACGCUGCCUGUAUGA